AUGACGGAUCCCGAAAUGGAUUCAGAUGCGACACUCUCACAAUUUCACAAUCGAUCGGCACGACAGAUUCCUAUGCGUCCCAUGCCAGGAGCAAUGCCAAUGCCAGGAGCGAUGCCGUAUCCUGGACCUGUUCCAAUGAAUGUACCAGCACCGGGACGUGCGUAUUAUCCCUCGUAUAUGGGACAACCUUACAUGGGACAACCGUACACGGGACAGCCGAUGCCUAGACCCAUGCCAGGUGCCAUGCCCAUGAUGCCAAUGAUGCCCCAGGGAGUUGGAGCUAUGGGUGGUACCAGCAUAAUUGUGGAGCCCUUAGUUAUCCUGCCAAUGGGAAUUGGGGCAGGCAUGGGUACGGGCGUAAAUCAAAAUCCAUAUUACGGAGCAAAUGGGGCUUAUCCCACCUAUAACAAUUACAAUCCCUACAACACGUACACUACUGCACGGCCCAACUACGACUAUAACAAUUAUAACAACAACAAUAAUAACUACCCGAAUUACAAUAACAAUACUGGCAAUAAUAACAAUUACAACGAUUACAACUCAUACGGUUAG